AUGAAGACCACGUGGAAGGAUAUUGCACCGGUUCCCAACUCUCAGGAGUUCAUUGACAUUGUCCUCAGUCGAACACAACGGCGGCUACCAACACAAAUUCGUGCGGGUUUCAAAAUUAGCAGAAUCAGAAGUUUCUACACUCGAAAAGUCAAAUUCACCUCCGAAACAUUCUGCGAAAAGUUCCAAGCCAUUCUGGAGGGCUUUCCCCGGCUUCAGGAUAUCCAUCCUUUCCACAAAGAUCUCCUCAACACCCUCUACGACGCCGACCAUUUCAGAAUAGCAUUGGGCACAUUAUCGACGGCUAAGCGGCUGAUAGAGACCGUCGCCAGAGAUUAUGUCCGUCUUUUGAAGUAUGCUCAAUCGCUAUUCCAAUGCAAGUCUCUCAAGAGGGCGGCUCUGGGCCGCAUGGCCACAAUCUGCAAGAGGCUGAAGGAUCCCCUGGUAUACCUGGAACAAGUUCGACAACAUCUUGGACGUCUGCCCAGCAUUGAUCCCAAUACCCGGACACUUCUCAUUUGUGGUUACCCCAAUGUCGGCAAAUCCAGCUUCCUGAAAUCCAUCACGCGAGCCGAUGUCGACGUUCAACCCUACGCGUUCACCACGAAAUCACUGUUCGUGGGACAUUUCGAUUACAAAUAUCUCCGAUUCCAAGCCAUCGAUACACCCGGUAUUCUGGAUCACCCACUGGAAGAAAUGAACACGAUUGAAAUGCAGUCCAUCACCGCAAUUGCACAUUUGAGAUCCGCUAUUCUGUACUUCAUGGACCUCUCGGAACAAUGCGGCUACUCUGUAUCCGCUCAGAUGGCCCUUUUCAAUUCAAUCAAGCCGCUAUUUGCCAACAAACUCGUGUUCAUUGUUGUCAACAAGACGGACGUGGUGAAACCCGAAGACUUGGACGCCGAAUUGCAGCAGCAACUGAAAGAUCUCUUGACACAACACUCCAACACCGAGCUUCUUCAAUUAUCAUGCGUCACCAAUGAGGGAGUUCAAGAGGUUAAAAAUACAGUCUGCGACCGACUGAUUGCGGAUCGUGUCGCGGCCAAAUUGAAGGCCGGUCAAGCAUCACAAUCGGCCACCGCCGAUGCUCCUACCGGUCGAUUAGGUGAUCUUCUUGCCAGAAUUCACGUGGCUCGACCACUGGAAGGCUCCGUCAGUGAAACGUUUAUACCCGAAGCGGUGAAAAAUGGGACGUACAAGAGAUACGACAAAUCAGAUCCCAGCAGAAGAAAAUUGGAACGAGAUAUCGAAGACGAAAAUGGCGGUGCCGGUGUCUACAACUUUGAUUUGAAGAAAUCGUAUGACCUGGCCAAUCCGGAAUGGAACCAUGACAAGAUCCCUGAAUUUUUCAACGGGAAGAACAUUGCCGACUACGUCGACCCCGACAUUGAAGAGAAGCUGGCGGCACUGGAGGCCGAAGAGGAACGACUAGAAGCCGCAGGAUUCUAUGAGGACAGCGAAAGUAUGGAAGAUGAAGACGACGCUGAAAUCCGCAUGAAAGCAGACUUGAUUCGAAACAAGAGAGCCCUCAUGAUGAACGAAGCACGCAUGAAGAAGAGUCUGAAGAACAAGGCCCAAAUACCACGGGCGAAGAAGACGAGGACUCGAAGUCAAAUGGAAAAACAUUUCACUUCGAUUGGAUUGGAUGCGUCCGCCUCCACCGAUCGAGCCAGAGCACAGAUUCGAAAUGCGAUACCUGCUUCAGUGGCUGGUGACGCGAUGGAUGUGGAUACCCCUUCAGCAAGAGCCAAAUCAGUAUCCCGAGCCCCGAAAACAAACCGGUUGACCGAUGGAUUGGGGGCCAGCGCCACUGGAGUCACCGAUCCUGUGAGGAGAGAAAAGGCGGAACGAAUGGCGAAAUUGAGUCAGAGGAAGAUGAAUCGUAUGGCGAGGCAAGGCGAGGCUGAUCGACAUGAGACAGCUUCGUUGCCCGCACAUCUGGUCAAGGGGAAGAGAAAGAUGGGCUCGACGAGAUCAAGAUAA